UGUAUCCUCACCGCUCAGUUAUAGCCCCGGACUAAAGCCUGCUGGAUACAAACACAGCAGCCGAACAUGCGCCUGGAGGCCUGAUUCACCUGAGAUCCGACCCCUCCUGUCGAGCGAGGACUCCGGCAUGUACCCCAACUCCCAGCCGGUGAGGCACCCGGCUCAGACGCUGUCCCUGCACAGCCAGUACCUUCCGCCUGCUUAUGAUUUUCCAGGCUACCACCACGCCGUUUCGGGGAUCGCCGACCCGUCGACGACCACCUGGAACCCCGUUUACACCCCACGGGAGGAAUACCCAUUCAGCUUCCCCAGCCCCAGCGCGGGGCAGUCGAACUACAUCUCCCCGGAAUACAACAUCGCCCCCUCAGCCGCUGGAGGAGGAGGGUCUCUCACCCCUUACAUCUCCCAGGACCCCUUCAGCUCCAGGAGGAGACCACCUGAGCCCAUCAGACAGCCUUUUUCAGUUGGAAAGACUCGGACAAAGGACAAGUACAGGGUGGUGUACACAGACCACCAGCGGCUGGAGCUGGAGAAGGAGUUUCAGAGCACCCGCUACAUCACCAUGAGGAGGAAGUCCGACUUGUCAAUGGCUCUAGGACUCUCCGAGAGACAGGUGAAGAUCUGGUUUCAAAACAGACGUGCAAAAGAAAGAAAGAUCAACAGGAAGAAGCUGCAACAUUCCCAGCAAGCCUCCACAACGACUCCCACCCCACCUGUUCUCAGUGCCCUCACUGAGGCCCAUGUUACCUCCAGCCCCGGCGCUAGCACCAGCAUGCUGUCGGACAUAAAAACAGAGGAGUACUAGCUGGAUUCCUGAUCUGAGACAGCGAGCGUGUCCGGAAUGUAAAUAGUAUUUUGUUUUGAUGAGUUCAACACAGAGUGAUUAAUCGUUCAUAUCGCUGAUGCCUCAAAUAAAUUUUUUACAAUGUGAAGCUACACUGUAAAACCUUAAAAAUCAUUCACAUUUUGUACAAGUAUGGACUAUUGUCAGAUCAACACAUUAUCUAUUGUCAAUUUUAGAGUCUAUAUAAUGCUGUGAAAAAAUAUUUGCCCCCUUACAAUUUUCUGCUGGGUUUUUAUUUGUUUUUCUUACCGGAAAAUCAAACACAUUUUAAUUCAGACAAAGGGAACACGAGUUAAUAUAAACAUUUAUUUCAUUUAUUUUAAAAUAAUGUUUUCACUUGUAAAGGAGAAAAAAAACUAUGCAAAACAGCCUGCCCUUAUGUGAGAAACAUGACCCAAUAUGUUUUACCUCUGAGGAGAUUUAAAACAAAUAAAGUUAUUGACAUUCAUCAUAUCUGAAAGUAGUAUCAUGUUUAAAGUAUUUUUUUUUUAAGUUUUGUGACUCCAUCAAACCACAGUGAGUGCCUACAAUGCCUCGUCCAGACUGUCAAAAAAAA